AUGGCGUGGCGCGAUCGCCUCGAGUUGUUCCAUUUUUCUUCACCAUCUAAUGCGCAGCAUAAAAGACGGGAAGAUUCGCUCCUCAAAGUGCGGCCUUCCCCGUUAGUUUUUCAGGGCUGUUGUCCUGGCGUGUGGCUGCGCCGUCACCUUUGUCUUACAAAUGCAGGGGAGGCAUCAGAAUGCCUUUCUGUCUCGAGUUCCAAUCCCUCCCUGAUAUUCGUACACAAAGAAAGAUUCACCCUUCCACCCCGCUCUUCUGUAUUUCUGCCUGUUGUCGUUCGUCUGCUCCCCACGCAGCAGCAGCGGCAGCAGCGGCAUGACGGUGCCCCAACGCAGGUGGAGAGGAUCACCAUAAAAGGCACAGCAGACUGCACACAAGUGCCCGUAUUUAUAUCUCAGACGCAGGCGGUAAUUGCAGAGGCCGGCGGGUGUACACACACCCCGCCCUCAGGACUCCCGCAGGAAGGAGCAUCGCUUCGACAUCCCCACAGUCUGCCGCGUGAUGGCUGCCUUCUUCUCUCCCCAAGAAGAAAUCUCUUUCGGUCUUCUUCCUGCCACUCACAGUCCUUCUCCCGCACUUCUACUGCCAGGCGAGCUGCUGCCGAGAGCAAUAGAAGAUGCAACAGCAGCAGCAGCAGCGUCCCUUUGGGCGGCAGUCCCCCUUUCCAAGCACUGCCAUUCCUGUCUCUACGAGAUAAAGGCAGCACCAGUUGUCGGCUGUCUGCUGCUGCCUCUUCUGGCUUCUCCCCGAACUGGCCCGUCGUGGAAGUGCAGAGACUGCAGCAGCAGCAGCAGCAGCAGCAGCAGGAAUCCUCCAGCCCUGUCAUAUGGGCCAGACAGCUCUGCGUCGAUCGCUCUAAACACCCUUUCGCCUUGCCUUCUUUUUCUGCAGAGCCGCUAAACUCACUCCUGGACUCCCCUUGGCUGCUCAGCAACAGCAGCAAGAAGAGCAGCAGCAGCAGCACACCAUGUGACGCGUCCGCUCGGCGCUCGGGUGCUGUGGCAGCUUCCCUGACGGCCUCAUCUUCCGUCUCGCCUUUGCCCUCCCGUGCUGCUUUUGUUCGUUUGGAGGAUCUGUGUACCCAGCAGCAGACAGCACCAGCGGAGGCUUCGCAAGCACCAGCAGCAGCAGCAGCAGCAGCAGCAGCAGCAGACACCCUUCUUGGCCCCUGCACAGCAGAAAAGCUUCAACAAGGCCAUCCCGACAGCAACACCGUCGCUGCUGGAGGCCUUCUGCUUCACGCCGCCCCAACGAGAGAGUUCUGCACCCUCAGCACAGACGCAUCCAAAACCCCCUCGAACGAGACGCGCACGCAGCAGCAGCAGCAACAACAGCAACAGCAAACUGCAGCAGCAAGUGGAGAGAACCUGCAGCAGCUUCAGGCCGAGAAUCGGUUCCUGCAAGAGGCACUGAAAAACAGCAGAGCAGAAAUUGAAGCUCUCGAGCUGUUCGGGCAGCUGCAGCAAACUGCUCGUCAAGCGCAGCAACAGCAGUUGCAGCAGCACAACCAGCAGCAGCAGCAGCAGGUUCUCGUGGUAGCAGAUUGGCGCCAGCAGCAUCUGCUUGCAUCCGAGGAAGUGUCCUCCCAAGUACCAAGUGCAAAGCAACAGCAGGCGAAGGAAGACCACCAGCAGCAGCAACAACAGCAACAUCAACAGCAGCAGCAAAAGGACCACGAGCAACAGCAGCAGCAGCAACAGCAGCAACAGCAGCAGCAGCAGCAGCAAGAGCAGCAGGAGCAACAGCAGCAGCAUCAAAUGGAACAACAGCAGCAACUGAUGCAGCAGUUACAGCAAUCCCGACGGCAGCAGCCCCAGCAGUUGCCGAAGGAACAGCAACAGCAACAGCAACAGCAACGGGAGCAGCAACUUGAGCCAUCAGGGCAGCAGGUGCAGCAGACAGAAAGGCAAAAGCAGCACCUUCAGCAGCCACAGCAGCAGCCGCAGGAGCAGCCACAGCAGCAGCCGCAGCAGCAGCAAAAGCAACAGCAGCAGCAACAGCAGCAGGGGGAUGAGGAGAGGGCUGCUCCCGUUGGGGUAACUGAAGAGGAGGCAUUUCAAGGCCUGAGGCCUCCGUCUUCGUUUGUGCGGCAGCAUUCAACCGACAUCCUGUGUGGCUUCAGCAGCCAACUGCUGAAACUCGCUGCCAACGCCGCACAGCAGCAGCAUCAGCAGCAUCAGCAGCAGCAGCAACUGCAGCAACAGCACCAGCAGCCAGAUUCUACGUGCUCCUGCAGCGGCUGCACCAGCUGCAGCAUGUGCAGCGAAGGAGCACAGAAAGAUGCGAUAGGCAGCAAGAAGAAACUGCUGGAGCAGCAGGAAACUGCAGCUCGGCAGCAAGCAGAGCUGCAGGCGCUUAAGAGUGCACUUGCUGCAGCUCAGGUGCAACACGAGCAGCAGCAGGACCUGCUGCAGCGCAAGCUGCAGGCAGCAGAACAAGAAGCAGCAGCAAAGGCAGCAACAGCAGCUGCCGCGGAGGAACGGGCAAGUCAGCUGCUGCUGCGCUUAGAGGAGCAGCGGCAGCAGGCUGCUGCUGCAGCACGUGCUGCCGAAGCUGCUCGUGCCAGUCUUUCGCGGCGCUUGCAGGACUCCCUCCAGCACUCGCAGCAACUCAACAAGGCGCUGAAUGCAAUGCAGCAGCAGUUCUCCUUCCUCUCUUCCCUGCAGCAAAAACACAUAGCAGCAGCAGCAGCUAGGCGGUCGAACAAGCUUCGGCGGGGCCGCGACCGACGGGGUCCACCCAAAAUAAAGCCUUGCACGAGCACUAGCGUCACCACCAGCGAAGGCAGCAGUAGCAACAAGAGCAGCGACAGCAGCAGAAGCAACGGCGACGGCAGCAACAGCAGCGACAUCAGCAGCCCCAGGCAGCAGCAGAGAUUCAAGCGGAAACAAAAUAAGUCAAAAGACUUUUGGGUGUUAGAGGUGCCCGAAGACAUUCAGCAGCUGAUGGAUUCUCUAGAAAUCUCAGCAACAGCAACAGCAGCACCAGCAACAGCAGCAGCGACAGCAGCAGCAGCGACAUCAGCAGCAGCGGGAGACGCACAGGGCAUUGGCAUUGCGAUAGAGACAGCAACAUGCACCAAGCAGCUGACGCAAGCAGCUUGCGUGCCGCUGACUCCUGCAGCAGCAGCAGCAGCAGGUUCUGCUGCUGCUGCUACAGAAUACCGAAAGCAUCAUGGGCGGCAGCAAAAGCUUCCUUGCGCUGCUGCGAGCCGCAGCAACCGCGGCUGUUGUUGCAGUAGCAACAGGAGCAGCAGGUGCUCCUGCAGCUGCAGCGCCAGCUGCUGGGAGCUGCAGCAAAGACUGGCCCAGACAACAGCAAAUUUGAUUGUUAAGACGCAGCUGCUGAUAGCGCAGGAAACAGCAAACAAGGAGCUGCAGCAGCAAGCAGCAGAAGGCACAGCAGCAGCAGCAGCGGCAGAAAGUGCUGCAGCAGAAGCCGAGAAGAGGUUGCUGUGCGCCUUAUCCCGCAGCGCCUCCAUUCAUGCGCAGCUGAAAGCUACUGCUGCAGCGCAGCGGCAGCUACAGGCUUCCACUAAUGCAGCAGAAACAACAGCAGCAGAGCUGCAACAAACCAACAAGGAGCUGCGCCUACGCCUUGAGGCCGCCAGCAGCGAGAGAGACACCUGGAAGCAGCAGCUGCAGCAGCAGUUGCAGCAGCAGCAGCAGCACCAACUGCAGCAGCAGCUGAAGCAGCAAUUGCAGCAAGGAUGCGAUUGCAUCAAGACACUAAAGAAGCAGCAGCAAAUGGUGGCGCUGCACACACACGCAGCCUUCACAGACAACAAGCAGCAGCAAGUGCAGAACGAGCUCGUGCAGCACCGGCCUCGUUGCUGCCCUUCCUGCAUCGCGGAAGGAGAGUCCGCAGCAGAGGAAGCUGCAGGAGCACCAGCACCAGCAUCAGCAGCUGCUGCUGCAGUUGCUGCUGCUUCGGCAGAAGCAGACCCGCUGGUUUUGGCGAUGCAGGAGCUCGCAUGCAGUUUGAGAGAAGUAAAGGAGGAAGUGAAUCUUAUGAAGACAGAGACAGAUACAACCUCAACAGACACCCCAAACUCAGCAGCAAACCCGUCGCAGCAGCCUAAAGAAGCAGCAGCCACAGCAGCCGCAGCAGCCGCAACCUGGCGCUUGCCCCAGGCUGGGAAGGGCCCCCAAAAAGGCAGCACCAACACCAACCACAACCACAACAACAGCAGCAGCAGCAUCAGCCGUAGCAACGUGCUUGGUGAACUGCGCGAGACAGGGGAUUCUCUGCUUGAGGGCGUCAGCGUUUGUGUGGUGGCUUUGUCUCACCGUUUAUCUGUCUCGCAGCAGCAGCAGCGAAGCUCCAGCAGCAGGAACAAAGACUUAAGCGAGAAACUGAAAAAAGAAAUGGCCCUACGACUAUCAGCACAAACAAAAACGAAGUACCUCAAUAUGGAAAUCGCUACACUAGAGAGGAAGCUGUUGGCGUUGGAGUCUUGCGCAGCAUUGGAGGCUGCGCGAGCAGCAGCAUAUCAUCGCGAGCAUCAGGAGCUGCAGCAGCAGCAGCAGCAGCAGCUGGCUUUGGCUUUGAGCCGCAGGGAGGAGGAGCUGCAGCUUCUUCUGUCUGAAUACAAGUUGCAACAGCAGCAGCUGCAGCAGCUAAAGCGGGCGCUGCGCGGGGCCCUGUGCAAGGGUCGCCAGGCAGCAGCAGCAGCAGCAGCAGCAGCAGAAGACGCAGUCUUUCAGCGCUUGUCAGACUGGAGGCAGUCCUUAGUUCGCACGACCUUAGAUGCAGCACAGAGCUGCUGCAAGGACGUCGGCAGCAGCAUCAGCACCGCCGCGAGCAGCAGCAGCAAAAGCAGCAUAUGCAGCAGCAGUAGUUGCAACAGCAGUAACAGCAGCAGCAGCAGAUGCAGCAGCAGCAGCAGGAAGUGGAAAGGGUGCAGGAGCAGGGCGUCUGCUGUGCAGCGGCGUCGGCUGCAGUUUUUGGGAUUAGUUCAGCGACUAGCAGCAGCAGAAGUUGCAAUAAAAGAAUUGGCAGCAAUUGUGGAGGAGACAGCAGCAGCAGCAGCUCACACUGCCACGCAGCCCCACAGAGACGUACAGCAGCGGCAGCAGCAAGCAGCUUCGCCCUGUCUGGAGUUUAGCAUCUCUGUCUCUUCAGCAGCAGCACCGGAGAAGGAACGAAGCCUCACGGGAGAAAUACAAGGACCAAAAAACACAAAGCAAAACACACAACCUGCACAUUGCAGCUCCUCUUCCUGUAACUGCAGCAGCAGCAGCAGCAGCAGCAGCAUUUCGCGUGUAUGCGCAUGCCUCUGCUGCUGGUGUCCAGAGAGCGGCGUGGUUUUGCAGCAGCAGCAGCAGCAGUAUCAGCAGCUCGUUUCUGCGUAUGCAGCGCAGCAGGAGCAGCUGCAGCAGGCUCUAGGAGCUCUUAGGCGCUCUUCAUUGGAGGCAGAUCGACUGCACAGCAGUCUGCUGCUGCAGCAACAGCUGCGGUGCCUGCAGGAGGAGACAAUGCUGAAGGAGCAAACAGCAGCAGCAGAGGCAGAUAACCUCAGGCAACAAAUUCAGAAACUGCAAGAAGCUGCUGCUUUGGACCGGCAGCAGUGGCAGCAGGAGUUGCUGCUGCUGCACCAAACGUACUCCACCACUUUGCUGCAGCGUGUUGCUGCUCAGAAGCGUGGGAAGCAGAGGGAACUAGAAGCAGCAGCAGCAAGCCACAAGCAGCUGCAGCAACAGUUGCAGCAACAGCAAGCAGCAGCACGCGCGCUGCACCAGCAAGUGGGGCUGCUGCAGCGGGAGGCAGCAGCGCAGGGCUGCAGUAGCGAGCAGCUGCUGCAGGCGUUGGCUGAAGUUCAACAGAAGGAGACAGAGAAAACAGCGGCAGAGAGCAGCAGCACCAGGAGUGCUGCAGAACUUUGCCUCCGCCUCACAUACCUUGAGAGAAAACAAAAAGCGGUGUUGCAGCCCUUUUCGCCGCUGGAGCAGCAGCAACAGCAGCUGCAGCAGCGGCAGCAGCAGCUGCAGCAACACGCGCAACCAUCAGAAGAGUCCCUCACCGCCUACCGCUUGCUCUUGGGGGGCUUGGUGCAGCAGCUGCACCGUCAGCAGCAGCAACUGCAGCAAAUAAGGCAGCAGCAAUACCUGCACGAGGGUCCGCAGCAGCAAAAGGACGCCGCACGCACGACAGUGACGGUCACAGCCGCUGUUCCUGUUGCUGCUGGUGCUGCGGCUGCUGCUGAUGUUAUUGGUGCUGCUGAUCCUGCUGCUACUUCGGUGGUAGACGUCGGCGUCCUUCGGCUGUUUCUCUCUGCAGCGAAUUUGAAGACCAGUUGCAGCAAGUGUGCUGCGCAGGGUGUGGUUUCUGCUGCAGCUGCUGCUGCGGGGCAUCAUCAGCAGCAGCAGCCCCAAGAGGCUGGAACAGAAGAAGCUGUGGCGCUGCUGCAGGGAGUGCAAACCCUGGGAAGCCUUUUACUUUUUAUUGCAGCAGCGCAGCAGCGAAUCGCCGUGCUGCUGCAGACAGACGAGGCAAAUCCUUCAGGGAGCCCUCAGCUUUUCAGCAUAGCCCCUGCUGCUGCUGCUGCUGAUGCUUCUACUGGGGUAGCAGUUCAGGAGCAGGCAGCAGCAGCAGCAACAGAGGGAGCGGGGGGACUAUCUAGAGAGGGUGUAUGGGAGUGUUGGGUGCUGCUGCGGGAAAUUCAGAGGUCCGCAGCAGCAGCAGCAGUAGCGACAGCAGCAACACUUUCGCACUACCAGAAACUUAGUUUUUCUGCAUACGAAUGUGGAGCGGCCUCUGUUGCACCACACAGCAGAAGAAGUGAAGAUACAAACGCCAAACGCAUUAAAAUAGGAGCAGCAGCAGCAACGGCAGCAGCAGCAACUGCAGCAGCUACAGCUGUGCCCGCUCUUCCAGCAGCAGCCCCAACAACGACAGCACCAACACCAGCUGCAACACCAGCACCAGCAGCACCAACAACAGCAACAACAACAGCAGCAGCAACAGCAGCAGCAACAGCAGCAGCAACAACAUUAGCAACUCAAGAGAAGACACUGCUGAAGAGCAGUCGUCUUGCCCCUAGUAGUGAGGGGCCCCUCACUAACCCUCACCUCAACCGUGCAGCUACUGCUUUCCGCUGCACUGCAGCAGCAGCUGCAGCAACAGAGCCAGUAGAAGCAGCAGCAGCACCAGCGACAGCAGCAGCAGCAGCAGCAUCUGGAUCUGCUGAACUGCAGCAAAAGCCUUUGGAGACAUUUGGGGACAACAAACUAUUAUUAAAUUUUUUCAACGACAAAACCAAAGAAAUACGAAAGAGCAGCUGCAGCCAACUUGUAGCCGCAACACACCCAGCCCAGCAGCUGCAGAUAUCCCAACAGCAGCAGCAACAGCAAAUGCUACAGCAAAUGACACAAAUGCAAUUAAUGCAAGCCCAACAACAGCGGACGGGACUGCAGCAGCACCAGCAUUAUCUCCUGCUCCAACAGCGCCAGCAGCAGAAGCAGCAGUUGCGGCAGCUGCAGCAAUUGCAGCAGCGGCAAGGGCGGCAACAGCUUUUAUACUCGCAGGAACAGCAACACAAACGGAUUGAAGGCCUUUGUAGCGAGUCACAGAGCGCUGCUUCUCCAGCAGCAACACCAGCAGCAGCAGAAGCACCAGCAGCGGCAGGGGCAAUAAUGGAGGCUCCGUUUGCAGCACUUGCGCCCUAUGGCAACAUCAGCAGAAAUAAUUACUGCAUGCGGGAGACCCGCUGCAGUGCAUUGAUGGUUGGUGAUGCUGCAGCACCGCAGCAACACCAGCAGCUGGAGCAGCAACUUCUUGCUGCUACUGUCGGCACACAGCACCAAGACCAGCAGCAGCAGAGCCUGUGGGCCCAGGCCAGCGGCGCCUUAUCCUCGCAACAGCAACAUAUGCAGCAGCAACUGCAGCAGCAGAUACAACAGCAGCAACAACUGCUACUGCAGCAUCAGAUGCAGAAGCAGCUACAGCAGCAGCAGCAUGCGCAGCUCAUUAUUCCUCAGCUUUCGAGCCGUUCGCAUCGCCAUGCGAUGUGCGAGCAGCAGAGAGAGGGGCAGGGGAAUGAGAUGCAGCAGCUGCAGCAGCAGCUGCAGCAGCAACGGCCAAAUGCUUCGUUGGGUGUCGGCAGGAAUCCACGUGGUGGCUGCAAUGCCCCUCAGCCGGUGUACUGCAGGCCUCGCCUUGAUACUGCCGUUGCUGCUGCUGCUGAUUCUGCACUGUGCAGGGGUUACGAGAUACAAGAAGAGCAGCAGCAGCAGCAGCAGACGCAGAAAGACAGUUCAAGUGCUGGUGCUGUUGCUGGUGCCUGCCGCUUUUUCCUGAAGAGGUGCGACGUAAACCCUCUCCCGAACGCCGCUAUUGCGAUGCGGCAGACGAGGGGAAAAGGAAUUAAAAUAAAACGGAACGCAGCAGCAGCAGAAGCAGCAGCAGACGCAGCAGCGGAACGAGAGGCGGCACCACCACCAGCAACAGCGGGACGACAAUGCGGAAGAACAGCUUCACAAGCACCCUCUGGAACUCGUGCUAAUAUGAGUAAUUUCAAAAAGGUGAAAAUGAGGGGGAACACAACGAAUGAAAAACAACAAAGGGCACAAGAAGCUGCACACGAGGUGCUGGUGAGGUGUCUGUAA